AAUCGUCUGAACUACUCAGAAUAAGUUUAAAGCGUUUGCUGUUUAGAUGAUUCCUUUUCUAAAUGUGAAUUGUAAAUUACUUUAUUAUUUCCAUAAUGACACAGGAUCCAGAAGUGAAGUCCAAAUUAUCAGACAAGCGACGGCCAAAAGAUCUGCCACCUACCAAGGUGGUGAUACGCAGAUUACCACCCACUCUCACUGGGGAUCAGCUGUUAGAGCAGGUGUCACCCCUACCAAACUAUGACUUCUUCUAUUUUAUGAAGGCUGAUUUAAGUCUUGGACCUAAUGCAUUUUCUCGUGCAUAUAUCAACUUUUUGAACUAUGAAGACAUUGCAAAUUUCCGAGACAAGUUUGAUGACUAUGUUUUUGUGGACAGUAAAGGGAAUGAAUAUCCGGCAAUUGUUGAGUUUGCAGCAUUUCAAAAAGUACCAAAGAAGAAAACACGGAAACCAGAUUUGAAAAAAGGAACAAUUGAGCAAGAUGAGGAUUACAAGAAGUUUCUUGCCUCUUUGGAGACACCAGAAACAGAGGAGCUGGUUUCCAUGGAAACAUAUCUGGAACAGCUUGAAACCAGGGAGAGGGAGGCCAAAGCUGCCUCCAAGGGUGGUUCUAGAGUCUCCACUCCUCUCACUGAGUUCAUCAGGAAGAAACGGGAAGAGAAGAGGAACUCCAUCCUGAAAGCCAGAGAGGAGCGUAGGAAACGUGAGCAGGACCGUAAAAUGGUGCGGGAUGAAGAACGAAGGAAACGCAAGAACGAGAAAGAACGAGAGGCUGAGAGGGACGGGGAUAGGAGAGGAGUCAAGGACCGGGAGAGGGACAGAGCAAAAGAUAAAGAAAAGUACCGAGAUAGAGACAAAAUCGUGAAAGAGAAAGAUAUCCCAGUGAAGCUUUUGAAAAACACAGAUCAUGAAUCAGGUAGUGAAAAAGAUGGGAAUAAUAAGGCGGAGAAAGAUACAGCAAUAUCUGAGAAUAAGAAAGACCGUGACUUGAACGAGAAAGAUUCUAAUAAAUCUGCCUCGAAAAUUGAAAAGUCAAACUUGAGGUUUUCCAAGGAAAAUCGGGAAAAAUUAAAAGAACAAAGGGAUGGAAAAGACAGGGGAAAGUCGGGAAGUUCUAAGUUUGACCGGCCAUUGCGGUCAGCUAAGGAUGACCGUGAUGACCGCAGCAAGCCUGACCGGUCUGACCGUCGGCCAAAGUCGUAUCGGGAGGAGAGGGAGCAAAGACGUCAGGGUCGCGACACUGAGUACAGAGAUGAGCGCCCCCAGUCUGUGCCUUCAAGACGUGAUGACAGGAGAUACAAGGAAGACUCCAGAGACAGUGACAGACAAAGCAAUAGUAACAACAACAACAGCAGCAGUUCUAGAGACGGUUCAAAAUCUGGGGGUGCCCUGGUCAGCAAAUCUGAUAGGCCAAGCAGCAGAGGAAGUGAUGUCACAAACAGGAAGUCAGACAAGGAUUCCGUGAAAGAGGAGACUUCUGGAAAGGGAGAAGAGAAGUCAAGGGAGACAACUAAGAAUAAUGAAGAGUCAAAGAAAGAGGGAGGAAAAUCUGAUCGUGAGAGACCCAAGCACAAUGAACAAGUAGAUGAGACCAGCUCACAAAGGGACGACGACAAGUCAGGCAGCGGAGAGGAGAAAAGGAGGAAGAGAAAGGAUCGUCCAGAGCGUGCAAUAUAUGACCCUAGAAAGGCUGCAGAGAGGAGACAGGGUCUAAGAAAGGAGGACCAGAGUCCCCGACACAGUCCUCGAGAAGGGAGCCUGUCUAAAGAGGUCAACAAGACCAAGGAGUCCAGUCCAGCUAGUGACAGUGAUCAGUCGAAAACUUCAGAAGACAAUACACCUAAAGAUGACAAUAAACCUAAAGAUGACAAUAAACCCAAAGAUACAAUGGAGCCUAAGGUGAAAAUGGAAGCUAAGGUUGAAAAUGAAGUUGGAGUUGUGAAAAGUGAAGGGAUGGUUGAACAUAUUGAAAAGAACACCGUCAGAGACAGUGUUGAGGAACACAUGAAUGCUGAAGAAAAAAGUGUCGGAAGUGAUGCUUAUAAUGUAAGUCAAAACAAAUAUAACAAAGGGCAAGAGGACGGUCAGGAAAGCAAUGUUGACACUUUUGAUCCCCAAGUACAUGUAGGAACAGAGUCAUCCCCUACUGAAGAAGGGACACCAGUGUAAUAUGGGCAAUAUAAAAGUUCUAAUGAUACCUUGUAUAACAUUAUCUAUCUUGUUAAAUUUUAUUUGUGUGUGUGUUUUUACUUCUUUAUUUUAAAAAUAGAUUAAAGUAAGAUUAUCUUUUGUAAUAUUUCUUUUGUUUUGUAUGAUCUAUGAUACCAGUUACACACACUUUUAUUUUGGCAAUUAUAUCAAUGCUGUAUUAUUGGUUGUUAGUAAAAGCUAUUGUUGGAACUAAAAUGCUUGUGUUACUGUUUUGUAAUUUAAUUGAUUACAAUGAUUUCACCAAUAUGAUAAAAAUUUUCAUCAUAAA